GACCAAACAAAACUAUUCCCACUCCUGUUCCAAACCUAAGCCCGUGCAGUGACCCAGUUUUUGAGGAGAGAGGUUUGUGAUUACCUGACAGGAGCUCAUAUUUGUACGAGAGGAACAGCAAGAGCACAUUUAAUCUUUCAUGCUCCGCUCUGACAGCUGCGCUUUCGCUCGCUCAGCUUUCUUGAAGGAUGAGCCAGGCAGAGCUGAUUUUUAUACACCCCGAAUUUCCAGACAGGGCUGUGCACAAACUGUAGGAGCUGUUUAUCUGAUUGAGGCACUAAUUGUGUGGGUUCUGGCUGGAGCAGCGCGGGGAAGGCAGCGCAUUUCACGCUUAACACCGGGGAAGAGCCGCGCAAUGCUCAGCGGAUAAAAGGCUCGUGGUCCCAGCUGGGAAAACAGUUCCAUUAUCUCCCAGCUGCACAGACCUUCCACACGGCUCCGUUCUGCCUCGCUGAGCGCCCUGCCUUGCUGAGAGCUCCAAACAGUCCUGCAGAAAAUUGUGGAGAUCCUGAGACAUCUCCCUGCUCGGAGCUAAUAUCCAGGUAGUCACAGGAAGACACACUUUACUUUCUUCCACUGAUUGGAUGGGAGGAAUUUUUGACCUUGGAAAGUGGAGAUGGUGUUGCUAUGGAAACUAAUAAGUCUGCUGCCAUUCAUGAGCUGCAGCACAGGCUUUCAAUUUUGAAACCUUUUGUCAUCUUCAUCAUUCUUGCCAGAGGAUCCUCUUUAACAAGCCCAGUCCCAGGCUUUAAACCUGAGUUAAAAGGGGAAGAAACCCUUCAUGGGCCUAUUUUUAUCCAAGAGCCAUAUGAUAUCACUUAUUCCAUGGGCUCAGCAAAUCCAGAGAUCCUCCUGAACUGCACAGCUAAAGGAUAUCCACUGCCAUACUACAGGUUGGUUGGAGGCAGCUUGGCAAUCAAUAACCCACAUAAAAAUCAGGAUAUUGGAACAUACCAGUGUUUGGCCACAAAUUCAUUUGGAACAAUUCUGAGCAGGAAGGCAAAGCUUCAAUUUGCAUACCUGGAAAACUUCGAGACGAGGCCGAGAAGCCCGGUGUCAGUGAGAGAGGGACAAGGAGUGGUGCUGCUCUGUGGAACUCCUCCCCACCAUGGAGCCUUGUCCUACACAUGGAUCUUCAACAAUAACACCUUGGAUCUUCGGGAAGACAGCCGGCGCUUUGUUUCCCAGGCAACAGGAAAUCUGUACCUGGCCAAGGUGGAGCCCUGGGACGUUGGGAAUUACACGUGUGCCGUGAGCAGCGCCGAGGCGCGGCGCCAGGUGUGGGGAACCCCCACUGCCCUCACCCUGCGGGCCGAUGGUGUCAUGGGGGAGUACGAGCCAAAGAUUGAGGUGCGUUUUCCAGAAACAACCUACGCAGCCAAGGGCUCCUCUGUCAGACUGGAAUGCUUUGCCCUGGGAAAUCCUGUCCCAAGUAUUAGCUGGAAGAGGUCUGAUGGAAAUUCCUUGGCAAAGAAAAUCCAACACAACAGGGCUGGGGGAGUUCUUGAAAUCCCCAACGUUGAGCAGGAAGAUGAAGGUUCCUACGAGUGCAUCGCAGCAAACACCCGAGGAAUAAACAUUGCAAGAGGUCAAUUACUCGUCUACGCACCCCCUGAAUGGGAUAAAAAAAUCCAAAAUGCCUUUCUGUCUCUCUAUGACAGUUUAUUUUGGGAAUGUAAGGCAAGAGGAAAACCAAGCCCUUCCUACAGCUGGUUAAAAAAUGGCCAGCCCCUCAUGUCAGAGGAAAGAAUUCAAAUAGAAAAUGGGACUCUCCUCAUCCCCAUGCUGAAUCUGUCAGACUCAGGCCUCUAUCAGUGUGUGGCAGAAAAUAAAUAUGACACCAUUUAUGCCAAUGCUGAGCUGAGGGUGAUCGCUGCAGCCCCCGAUUUUUCCAGAAACCCCGUGAAGAAGCUGUCUGUGGUUCAGGUUGGAGGGGAAGUUACAAUCAGUUGUAAACCCAGUGCUUCUCCCAGAGCUGCUGUUUCCUGGAGAAAGGGCUCGGAGGUUCUGCGCCAGAACAAAAGGGUGGUGUUCCUGGAGGAUGGCAGCCUCAGGAUCUCCAACAUCUCCAAGCUGGAUGCUGGGGUUUACACCUGUGUAGCCACAAACCAGUUUGGAACUGCCAGGAACUCAGGGAACCUGAUUGUGAAAGAAAGGACGGUGAUCACUAUCCCCCCCUCUGACACAGAUGCAACAGUUGGAGAGAGCAUUGUCCUGCCAUGCCAGGUGUCCCACGACCCCUCCCUGGACGUGGGGUUCUCGUGGUCGUUCAAUGGCCAGAGGAUUGAUUUGAGCAGAGGAAUCCAUCACUUUGAAAGGAUUGGAAGAGAAUCUGCUGGGGAUUUGAUGAUAAGAAAUAUUCAGCUGCAUCAUUCUGGGAAAUAUGUGUGCAUGGUGCAAACUUCUUUAGACAGUCAAUCUGCAACAGCCGAUAUAAUUGUGAGAGGCCCUCCAGGUCCACCAGAAGAUGUUAAAGUUGAACAUGUUUCUAGCACAACUGCUGGGUUAUCCUGGAAGCCUGGAGCAGAUAACAACAGCCCAGUGCAGAUCUACAGUGUCCAGACCAGGACUCCCUUCUCGGUGGGAUGGCAGGCGGUGGCCACAGCUCCCGAGGUCAUUAAUGGCAGGACUCACAAGGCCACCGUGGUGGAUUUAAGCCCCUGGGUUGAGUACGAGUUCCGCGUGGUCGCCAGCAACAGCGUUGGGAUCGGGGAGCCCAGCAGGCCAUCGGCUCUCCUGAAAACCAAAGCAGCAGUUCCUGUGGUGGCACCCACGAACAUCGGCGGAGGAGGAGGGAGCCGCUCCGAGCUGGUCAUCACAUGGGAGCCAGUGUCAGAAGAGCUCCAGAACGGGGAAGGUUUUGGCUACGUCGUCAUGUUCCGUCCCCUUGGCUCAACAACCUGGACCAAAGCUGUGGUGGCCUCGGUGGAAUCCAGCAAAUACGUUUAUAGGAACGACAGCAUCACACCCCUCUCUCCUUUCGAGGUCAAAGUUGGUGUCUACAACAACGAGGGAGAAGGGACCCUGAGCUCCAUUUCCAUCAUCUACUCAGGAGAGGAUGAGCCACAAAUGGCCCCGGCGGGCGCCUCGGCGCUGAGCGUGUCGGCGGCGGCGGUGGAGGUGUCCUGGCUGCCCAUCCCCUGGAACCGGCACACGGGCAGGGUGCUGGGCUACGAGGUUUUAUACUGGAUAGAUGAUCCCAAGGAAAGCACAGCUGGGAAGGUCAGAGUCAGUGGGAAUGUGACAGCCAAAAACAUCACGGGCCUGAGAGCUAACACGGUGUAUUUCGCGACAGUCCGAGCCUACAACACUGCUGGGACAGGGCCCUCCAGCACCCCGGUGAACGUCACCACCAAAAAAUCCCCACCAAGUCAACCUCCAGCAAACAUCGCCUGGAAGCUGACAAAUUCCAAAAUCUGCCUGAACUGGGAGCAUGUGAAAACAAUGGAGAAUGAGUCUGAGGUGUUGGGCUACAAAAUUCUGUACAGACAGAACAGGCAGAGCAAAACCCAUAUCCUGGAGACAAACAACACUUCAGCUGAACUUCUGGUCCCGUUUGAAGAAGAUUAUCUCAUCGAGAUAAGAACCGUCAGCGAUGGUGGCGAUGGCAGCAGCAGUGAGGAAAUUAGGAUUCCAAAAAUAUCGAGUUUAAGCUCUGGAGCAAUGAAAUUAUCCCAAAGGAUAAACCAUACAUUGGCAUCUGGGAUCCUCCUCUUGAGUUCUGUUCUUCUAAACCCUUUUCCUUGCUGGUUCCAGCAAUGCUCUGCCAUGGACUUCUAAAAAUAAAAAGUGUAGAUUUUAUCUUAAUUCUUCACCACAACCAACAUUCCUGAGAAAAAUCAACACUGGGGAGGGGGAGGGAGGUAGAAGUGGUCUGUCAUGAAGCAAAUAUUAGGCAUCAAUAUUCCAUGAAUUUUUAAAAAUAGGUUUGGAAAUGAAGGGGUAAAUCAACAUGCAUUAAUUAAACAGAGUGAUGCCAGACCUAAUUUGGGAUUGACACGUGGGUGGUCUCAAAUUUUCUCCAAGUAGUUGUUAUUGGAACAGCAUUUUAAUGGAAUGUCAACCUGUGCAAGCUGAUGCCAUGGAGGGGAGCAGGGAUUUAAAACUCUUGUGAUGUGGAUAUUAUUUAUCUCAUGUUCUUCGAUGUAUCCUGUUAAAAAAACCCACUUUCAAUUAAAUAAAAGCUAUUUGUUUACUUU